GCUCACUCAUUCGCACACACACCCAGCAGGGCCAGAAGGCAGCAGCAGCCGCACAAGCAGGACUGCCCCAGCCCCAUGCAAAUCAGCCCCGGGAGGGCAGCCGGGUUCCUCCCCGCUCCUCCCAGGCAAUGCUCCUGAGCAGGCCCUGUGGAAGAUGCCAGUCGCCAGGGCGGUGCGUGACACUUCUUGUCUUGGCCCUGCUGAGCGAUGCCGCUGGCCUAGUCCUUCUGCUGGUAGGGAUCUUCGCCACGUUGAACUACUGGGACUUCUUGGUCUACACAGGGUCCCUGAUCCUGGCUCUCAGCCUGCUAUUCUGGCUUGCCUGGUACACCUUCAACAUCUAUGUGCCUCUCGAGGAACUGGACUUGUAGCCUGGCCUAUACAGACGCCUAUAAGCCUGGAACCAGUGGGCAGCAGCCAGCUCCCACCCAGAAUGCCACUCCAGGACCAGCACAGGUUCUGUCUGAUGGAGAAUUGUCAGAUCAAGAAGAUGCCUCCCUUACGCAGCUCAACCUUCCAGUGUCCAGAUGGGCUCGGGGCCCAGGAAUGGCUGUCAAUGCCAGGGCUUCUGGAAGGUUCCAGGCUCGGCCACUGCUGUUGCUGCCACAGCCCCCGUGAGCCACGGAGGGGCUGAGAAGCCGUCAGCUUCUCUCAGUGGGACUUAGACGCCAACAGACAGACCCAUGCUCUGCUGCUUCCUUUCCUUAUGAAACAAACCGGGAAUUGGAACCAAACACAAAAGCCCAAACGACGUCUUCCUGUAGUGGAUCCUGAGUCUGGUUGCUAUUUCCCUGCAGUUCUGUGUGAUCCCCUGGAGGCCUUCACCUCUUCAUGUCUCCAGACUGCCCAGCUGGCACAGGGCAGGAGAGCCC